UGUAAGGUGCUCUAUGGUAAGGUGUUCUAUGGUAAGGUGCUCUAUGGUAAGGUGUUCUAUGGUAAGGUGUUCUAUGGUAAGGUGUUCUAUGGUAAGGUGCUCUAUGGUAAGGUGUUCUAUGGUAAGGUGUUCUAUGGUAAGGUGUUCUAUGGUAAGGUGCUCUAUGGUAAGGUGUUCUAUGGUAAAGUGUUCUAUGGUAAGGUGUUCUAUGGUAAGGUGCUCUAUGGUAAGGUGCUCUAUGGUAAGGUGCUCUAUGGUAAGGUGUUCUAUGGUAAGGUGUUCUAUGGUAAGGUGCUCUAUGGUAAGGUGCUCUAUGGUAAGGUGUUCUAUGGUAAGGUGUUCUAUGGUAAGGUGUUCUAUGGUAAAGUGUUCUAUGGUAAGGUGUUCUAUGGUAAGGUGCUCUAUGGUAAGGUGUUCUAUGGUAAGGUGUUCUAUGGUAAGGUGCUCUAUGGUAAGGUGUUCUAUGGUAAGGUGCUCUAUGGUAAGGUGCUCUAUGGUAAGGUGUUCUAUGGUAAAGUGUUCUAUGGUAAGGUGUUCUAUGGUAAGGUGUUCUAUGGUAAGGUGUUCUAUGGUAAGGUGUUCUAUGGUAAGGUGCUCUAUGGUAAGGUGUUCUAUGGUAAGGUGCUCUAUGGUAAGGUGUUCUAUGGUAAGGUGUUCUAUGGUAAGGUGUUCUAUGUAAGGUGUUCUAUGUAA